UGAGGGGAAAUCCCUUCUUAACAGGUCUGUGGUCAAAUGCUUGUAUCAACAAAAAGAAAUUAGCACAUGGAUUCAGGAAGAUGGGGGACACUCAAAGCUCUCCCCAGAUCACUGAUACCAGCCAUCUAACUGAAGAGUUCAGUCCCCUAAACAGCCCUACCAAGAUCCAUGCCCUACUGGAGAUGGUCAAGAUAUGCAGCUACCAAGAGCAGCUCGAGUUCCACGAGAAAUUAAACGCUUUCCUCCACAAGGACUUCAUCACUCAUCUGUCUUCAGACCUCUCUACUGAGAUCAUCUCCUACCUGCCUAUGGAGGACGUCAUCACCUGCCUGUAUGUGAGCAAGAGCUGGUACAAGAUUGUGAGCGGAUGCACUCUCUACUGGGCACAGAAAUCCCAAGCCCUCGGAAUGACCGACACGUUUAUUAGCUCUAGAUUAUCUGACCCCAGUUGCAAGCUUCACGCGCUCUGUAUAGCCUCACAGAACCAUCAGCGCUACAUGAAACACCUAGUACCUCGAUGUUAUUCAAUCUCUGUGAACCCAACUGAAAUUGGCUACUCUUUUCGCUAUGCUGGUAAUGGAGUAUCACUAAUUUAUGAGGAGACAGCUUCCCACGCACAAGUCAUCAUCGAGAGCAUGAAUUCGUCCCAAUCAGCUAUGCAGAUAGCUUCCUUUGAUGUCCCUCCCUUCCAAGGCCGUAUUAUGUGGGCCUCCGCUUCGUCUGAUUACUUACUCUGGAAGCAAGUGAAUGGAACGUGGUGUGGCUGCCUUACCAAGGGUCUGUUACCAGAGUUGGAUGUUUGGGAGGACGAGCCAAUGUCUCAAGGCUCUCACAAUAUCUCCUUCUGCUCUAAAUGCCAUGCGGUGGCUGUCAUGUCUCAGGCUGAGGACGACUGUGAAGUAUGGGAUCUCCAAGUGAUUAAACUGUACAACGAGACCCGUGGUGCUAAUGCACUCAGGAAGAUGGUCUACCCCAUACCACUGGAGGGGCUUAAACAACUGUCGCAGAACAAGCGAUACUUUCUCGGUGGUGAAGUUACUCUAUUGCCGGCAUCUUUGGAGGUGGACAGCUCAGGAUUCUGCCAAACACACUCCGUUCUGCUACAGAUUGAUUCAAGUCUGGCCAUUCACAAGUUGAAGAUGAUCGAUGAAAUGGACAAUUCUCUUGUACUCUCUCAGCUACUGCCAAACUCACUGCUCUCAAAACCUCUCAAAGUAUUCUCUCCCAAGCAGUCUGAUCAACCACUCAGUUUAAUGGAUUUCUCUGCCUCGAAAAAUCAAUCGUGUUUUUGCCUCUCUGCUGAUUUGCAACGAGUUGCUAUGAUACACGAGGGCUAUCUGAACGUCUGGAAUCUGGCGUCGUUUGAAAUGGAGAAUUUUGUGGACCUUUCUCCAUUGGAUUUGCCCACUGACAGCAAGGUGAUGGCGGUAGGCAGUGUGUACACAGUGAUAGCCAGUAACUCUAAAGGUCAAUGUAUUGUUGUUCUCACAACUACUGGGGAAAUUAUUCUUCAAAACUUCAUGUCUGCCGAAUCAAGUUGGAAACAUACCUUUGAAUAUUACGCCCCGCUGAAUCAAGAUUGGCUAGACAGUUUUGUUUAUUUCGAUUUCUUGCCCCUCGGCUUAGUGAUGGAGAGUAAAUGUGUAAAGGAUAAAGAAGAGACGGAGUUGACAGCUAUGGUGGGUGUGAGGAGGAGAGAGACAACAGCCAUUGACUCUAUAGUGUAGCUAUCGUGUGUGCGUGUGCAUGUGUACUCUAUAGUACAGUGUAGCCACCGUGCGUGUGUAUGUACUGCGGUUAAUUGUGUGUACGUACAUGUACUUGUAUUGUUUGUGUAAUCAUGUUAUCAAAGAUGUAAUCAGCAAAUAAUUUUUAUAUAAUUUAUGCAGAUGAGAUAAAUUUGUGAUAC